AUGCCACCCCACCCCGCCGCCAAUGCCUACCAGAGCUCGCCCUCGGGCUCCCCGGCCGCCUUCCCCUCGCCCCUGGCCGAGACGUCGUCGACGCACUCGCACUCGCCGCGCCUCUCCCACCGCCAGUCGAUGCCCCUGCAGCACCAGGCCCAGCACCAGCAGCCCGCGUAUCCCCCGUAUGCCGCCGGCCCACUGCUCCAGCAGCAGCGCAGCGCCGCCCCGACGUCGCAGCCCAUGCGAGAGCGCCCCGUCUCCACCAGCAUGUACCAGCACCCCAACCUCUCCACCUCGUCCACCACCGCCCCGGGCACCUACCGAUACAACGACGACGCAAUGGCUGGCGAUAUCCGGCGGACGGCGAGCUCGCGGGUUGCGCCCGGCGCCAUGCCCGUCAGAGAAGCCAGCAGGAGAGACCCGUACCGCCAGUCAGCCCAGAUGUCCGCCAUGAACGGCCCCAUGCCGCCCCGGAGAAGCUCGCGGCGGAUACCCAUGGAUGCCGGCGUCUCACAAUUAUCCAGUUCACCCUACAGCGUAGAAGGCGGGCCGCUAUCGAGCAGCGAGGAGUGGAAGGAGAAGGGCGCGGCUGUAAGCACCCGCCAGGACCUCGACCAGAACGGACGGCCGAUAACGCGUGUCGUGAAGAAGGGCGUCAAGGACUUCAACUUUGGCAGGACACUGGGCGAGGGCUCCUACAGCACAGUACUGGCUGCCACGGACCGCCAGACAUUGCGCGAGUACGCGAUCAAGGUGCUCGACAAGCGCCACAUCAUCAAGGAGAAGAAGGUCAAAUACGUGAACAUCGAAAAAGACACCCUCAACCGACUGACGGAGCAUCCCGGCAUAGUCCGACUCUACUACACCUUCCAGGACGAGCGAUCGCUAUACUUUGUGCUGGAUCUGGCAGCGGGCGGAGAGCUGCUGGGCUUUCUCAAGAAGAUGGGCACAUUCGACGUCGAGUGCACACGCUUCUACGGCGCGCAAAUACUGGACUCCAUCGACUACAUGCACAACAAGGGCGUCAUACAUCGCGACUUGAAACCGGAGAACGUCCUGCUCGACGAUGCGAUGCACGUCAAGAUUACUGAUUUUGGAACAGCAAAGAUACUCGAGCAAAAACACAACGGCGUUAGCUCAACAACCGGCGAUCCGCUGGAAAGCGUGCAGAUGGAUCGCGCGCAGUCCUUCGUCGGAACAGCCGAAUACGUCUCGCCCGAACUCCUCACAGACAAGAAUGCAUGCAAAGCCAGCGACCUGUGGGCUUUCGGAUGCAUCAUCUACCAAUUACUCGCCGGUCGACCACCGUUCAAGGCCGCGAACGAAUACAUGACCUUCCAGAAGAUUGUUGGUCUAGAAUACACAUUUCCAGAUGGCUUCCCUCCGCUGGCAAAGGACCUGGUGGAGCGCCUGUUGGUGCUGGAUCCGUUGACGCGGUUACCCAUGGAGCACAUCAAGAACCACCCCUUCUUUGAAGGCAUACAAUGGGGCAAGGGCCUGUGGAAGCAGAAGGCUCCGCGGUUGAAGGCCUACAGUCCGCCCGCACAGGAGCCCAUCAAACUGAAUGGUAGGAACCCUUCUACGCCUCAGGAAACGCCAAUAACACGUCCAGGCCCAUCAACGCCAUCAGUAGCGGCAUCCACCCAAACCCAGGCACGACCGAAGCCGCGCCUCAUCACCGAACUACCCCCUCCCUCCCAACUAGACAUCGACUGGUCACCGGUCCUCACGAAGCGAGACGAGCGGAUAUUGAAGCUGGGAAACAUGUUUGUGACGCAACACCCAGCGGGCCAUGUUGUAGGAGGAAAAGAAGAGCCUGUGGAGCAGCCCAAGAAGUUCUCGCGCUUCUUCGGCGGCAAUACGGUCAAGAAGCGCCAACGGCUCGUCAUGAUAACGUCGAAUGCACGCGUACUGAUGUGCGCAGCAGGCACGAAUGACAAGAAGCUGAAGGAAGAGGUAUCCCUGCUCUCCGCAGGCUGCGCAUGGAGAUCAUUCCAAGACUCCAAAGGCCUCACUGCUUGGCUCGUAGAAACAGUACGCCACCCCCACUCCCAACCCAACCCAACCACCACUAACACCCCUCCCAGAAAGAGAAGCAAUACGUCUUCGAAGACCCCAAGAGUACGACAAGCGACCCCGACGGCAGCAAGUACUCAAGCCAAGAAUGGCUCGACAGCAUCGAACAAGCACGCGACUACGCGUUCGCGCAAACCAUGA